AGUCGAGCUCCGGCGAUUUUGCAUGCCUGAACUCUGCAUUUCAACGUUCAGGACCUCAUUCGAACACAGCUUGAGAACAAAAACACAGCAGGUGGAAAACAGCCGUCCGGAGGUCCAGUGUGACACCGCAGGAGCACAGCCCCCCACUGGGCAUGCUUUGGACAGGAUGGGGGACGAGCCAAGAGUUUCUCCGCUCAAGAACUUUGUGGCCGGGGGGGUCGGCGGCGCGUGCCUUCUGCUGGCCGGACACCCACUCGACACCAUCAAGGUGAGACUCCAGACUCAGCCCAAAGUCUCCCCGCUCUCGAGCUACAUCGUCUACACGGGAACCUUGGACUGCUUUCGCAAGACCAUCUCCAAAGAGGGCAUCUUGGGCCUUUACAAAGGCAUGGGCGCGCCGCUGGUCGGUGUGGCUCCCAUGAUGGCCAUCAGUUUCUUUGGCUUCGGUCUGGGAAAGCAGAUCCAGCAGAGCGACCCCAGCAAAGCGCUGACGCACGCUCAGAUCUUCUUGUCCGGAUGUCUGGCGGGGGUCUUCACAACAGUCAUUGUGGCUCCGGGAGAGAGGAUUAAAUGCUUACUCCAGGUGCAGGCUGGCGGUGGCACGACCAAAUAUUCAGGACCUCUUGACUGCGCCACACGUCUCUACAAGGAAAGUGGCAUCCGCAGUGUCUACAAAGGGACGCUGCUGACACUCAUCAGAGAUGUGCCUUCUAACGGUCUCUAUUUUCUGACUUAUGAAUACCUGAAAAACCUCCUGACUCCAGAAGGUCAAAGUGUUUCCCAGCUCGGCGCCGCCCACAUUCUGCUCGCCGGCGGUGUGGCUGGAAUCUUGAACUGGACCAUCGCGCUUCCCCCAGAUGUCCUCAAGUCUAACUUUCAGACAGCUGCAGACGGCAAAUACAGAGGACUGGUGGACGUCUUGAGGACGCUAGUUCGAGAAGAAGGAGCCAAAGCACUCUACAAAGGUUUCAACGCUGUCUUUCUCCGAGCCUUCCCCGCAAACGCCGCUUGUUUCUUGGGCUUCGAAGUGGCCUUGAAAGGUUUGAACUGGCUGGCACCCAGCUGGUGAACCAGCAAACUUCGGUGGUCACAAAAUGCUUGGAACGUGCCUCGGCGCAAUUUCCUUAUUUGCAAUCACAUGUACAUUGGAGCCCCAGACAUGUCAUGGAGAGAAAUGUUUUAAAUUACAGCCACAGUAUCAAAAGCAGCUAAAGUACAAAUUGCCAAUUUGGUUCCCACAAAGUAACUGUGGCUCAGUACUGACCAGCUCGGCAAAUACGUACUUUCUCUUUUUGUUCUUUAGUUUUGGAUAAAUUGCAAGUGGAAUCUAGGCCUAAAUCUACUCACUGGACUGGUGUACUGUAGGAGGAUGGAGAUUAAUUUUAGCCUGGGGAUAAGCGAGAAAGAUACUCCGAAAAGUCUGGCAUUGCAAAGGAAUCAUUAUUACGGAGAGGCAUUUAAUUAUCCAUCAAUCCAUUAUCUGCGACACUGAUCCUCAAAGGGUUGCGGGAGUGCCAGGUAUACCCUGAACUGGUUGCCAACCAAUCACAGGGCACAUAGAAACAAACAAGCAUUUGCACUCACACCGAAGGGCCAUUUAGAGUCUCCAAUCAAUGCAUGUUUUUUGGAUCUGAGAGGAAACCGGAGAAAACCCACGCAUGCACGGGGAAAACAUGCAAACUCCACAUAGGUGCGGCAUGGAUUUGAACCCUGGUCCUCAGCACUGUAAGGCAGAUGUUUCAACCAGUCGUUUCACCAUGCCACUGCAUUUAACUAAUGAAAAAAUAAAUAAAAAAUUAUACGAAGGGCGUCCCAUAUUGUAGUUUCUUGCGAAGGUGCGCUCCAAUUCAGUAUAACGUAGUUUCGUAUUCAGCAAAACAAGUCGGAUUUCCUCCUAAUUCAGGUGAAUGUUGACACGUAUGAUUGUACAAGAUGGUAUCACGGAGCUAGCAAAGAUGAUAACAUUCAAUGUUUAGCCUUCAUUCAUUUUGGUAUAAAUAAAUGGUACUCUAUGUGUUAAGUUUUAUACCAUAAAGAAAAGAAAGUAUUAGCAUGUUUAAUUUUAAAGUGUCAUGUCGUAAAAAUAUAUUCACGCUGAUUAGCGUAGAAUACACAGGAAGUCAGCUCUCACGUUUCCGGGAUUGGUAACCUGAUCUUCACAUGCCCCCCAUAUCAAGUCAGGGGCUCUCAAUGUUUACACCUUUUUGUUUGACUUGGUAGGUUUUUGCAAAUAAACAGUCGUGACUGAUGCUGAUUUUUCAAAAAGUUUGAGAUCUCUAUUUGGACGUUAAUCAUUUAUUUGAGUCAUUUCAAAGAGAAAUUGUGUGUGCAAUGUUGUAAACAUUUUCAAUAAAGAUUUUUUUUUAAUUUGACGAUUUUUUUCUAUUUUAUCCCUUGCCAAAUGUUGGUUUAGGUUAGCAAAAGACUAAACCGUCUAUGUGUGAAAGCUUGUUUGGCUAUAUCUUUUUUGAUUUGAUUUAUUAUUUCGAACAUUUAUGAAAAAACAAAAAGACACCAGUAAAAGACAAAAUAUUCAAAUAAAAUGUAAGUAAAAGAAUCAAGUAAAAAUAUGCAUACAGAAUUCACAAAGGAGUUGGACGGACUAAAAACGUAUUUAUCCUUACCCCUAUCUCAUCGAUCUUCUUCUUUUCCUUUCGGCUUGUCCCGUUAUGGGGUCGCCACAUGAUAAUAAUAAUCAUACGUCCUUAUUCCAAAACUCUAAUACAAAUAGUGACUUUCGUAUUGCCUGUAUGUUGCAUAGUAAUGAAACGUGAGAGGAAAAUAAAAACAAUCACAAACAAAAAAAAAAAAGCUAUGACAACACUGGCAUAACAUUUUUUUAGUAGAAUUUAAGACUAUUUCUGUAUACUGUGACCAGAGUCAACGCACCAAAUACAUCGAUAUUAAAUACAAACGUGAAGUUUGAUCUACUUGAUGAAGACUUCAGACGCUGUGGUGAAAUUCAGCUCCCCACAUCCGCAGCAUUUAUUA